AUGUCGCAAAUAAGAACGGCCAGUGUGGACACAGACAGCAUACCCGCCACCAUGAGAGCAUGGCAAUGGUUAGCCUGCACCACAACUCUGGAGGAAUCGAUACACAUGAACGAAUCAGCACCGCUACCGACAGAAAAUCGGCCACUCUCUUCCGGAGAGUCUUUGAUACAAGUUUACGCCGCUGCUCUCAACCAAGUAGACUACAAAUUAGCCGAGCUCCCAGUCGUUGGCCGCAUGGCAAUCCCAAAGCCCGCCACGCCUGGGCUGGAUUUUGCCGGCAAAGUAAUGCGGGUUGGACCCGAUUGCAAUGUUAGUGUUGGGCAAAUGGUUUUUGGCAAGUUGGAGCCCAGACAGCAAUUUGGCACUUUAGGAGAGUAUAUUAUAGGCUCAAACGCUGGUACUGUGCCAAUACCUCAGGGCGUAACGACAGACGAGGCUGCGACACUUGGCGUCUGCGGCCUUGUUACUUAUCAGUGUAUUGCACCAAAUGUGAAAUCGGGUGAUCGCGUCCUGAUCAAUGGUGGAUCUGGUGGAACAGGCACUUUCGCGAUCCAGAUUGCAAAAGCGCUAGGCUGCCAGGUCACGACGACUUGUUCGGAUGCGAACAUCCAGUUCUGCAAAGACCUUGGGGCUGAUGAAGUGAUCGAUUAUCGCAAGAACGAUAUCCUCUCAACCCUUGCAAACGGCUCGCAACAAUACGACCUGAUUCUGGACAAUAUUGGCCACUCAUUUGAACUUUACUGGAAGUCGCCAUGGUUCACUAGACCUGGAGCAAAGUAUGUGCAGGUUGGGUCACAAGUCAGCCUACCUUUCAUCUACGACCUUGCGUUCCGCUUCCUCGUUCCGACGUGGCUCGGCGGCGGGCAACGGCCAUUUUCCUUCGGUUUUGCUUUAACGAAUUUCAAAGAUUUCACUGCCUUAGCGAAACUAGUCGCUGAUGGCAAAGUGGUGCCUGCGAUAGAUGACGUUUAUGAGUUUGAGCAAGUUCCCAAAGCAUACAAGAAGCUGAGGACUGGUAGGGCAAAAGGCAAGAUAGUAGUGAGAUUAAGGAGAGACGGACAGUAA